CUAAACGGCCGCCGGCGAGCGAGAGCAAAAGAGCGGGAGCUGAGCGAACAGAGCUGAAUGCAAGGGAAAACGCGCGCUCGUCAUUACAAACACAAGUACUGGAUUUGGAAUUGGAAUAAGAAUCAGAAUAGGAAUAGCAAUAGCAGCCGUAAUCGCAACGCGGCAGGUUGACAUUGCGCUUGUCCCGUGAAUUUGGUCGUAAGCGGAGCAGCGACCAUUACUGUAAACAGUAAUCAUAAUUCGAUCGCAGUGAUACGAGCCGCCAGACACGAUGCAGUUUGUUGCCAGUGAACACCCUCAUCGAAGAUUUAAUCCAUUGACCGGACAAUGGGUCCUAGUGUGCCCACAUCGAACACAGCGCCCUUGGUCGGGUCAACAGGAGAACCCACAGAAGAACGAACUUCCCGAAUUCGAUCCCACCAAUCCCCUUUGUCCUGGAGUUACCCGACCCAAUGGAAUCGAAACUCCUGCCUACGACAGCACCUAUGUGUUCGAAAAUGACUUUCCGGCCCUGGUGGAGGUAGUGCCCGUUCCUCCCAACAGCGAUGAUCCCCUGUUCCAGAUAGCACCCGCCCGUGGCAACUGCCGAGUGAUGUGCUUCCACCCCAAAUCGAAUCUCACGUUGCCCACGAUGAGUGCAGCGGAAAUUGUCGUUGUUAUCGACGAGUGGAUCAGUCAAUUCAACGAGCUGAGUGCCAAGUAUGCCUGGGUGCAGAUAUUUGAGAACAAAGGAGCUGCUAUGGGCUGCUCCAAUCCGCAUCCGCAUUGUCAGAUCUGGUCGUGUUCGUUUCUGCCCACGGAGCCACAACUGAAACAGGAACGUCUCCGUGCGUACUACGCCACCCAUGAGCGACCGAUGCUGGCAGACUAUGUAGAGCGGGAGCUGCAGCGCCAGGAGCGGAUCGUAAUCGAAAAUGCCGACUGGCUGGUGGUUGUACCCUUUUGGGCCACUUGGCCCUUUGAAACUAUGCUUAUCUCGCGCAACAACAAUAAGCGGAUUAAUGAUCUGACACUGGAACAGCGAAAGAACCUGGCGGUGACUAUUAAGGAGUUGACCACAAAGUAUGACAACCUAUUCCAGUGUUCGUUUCCCUACUCGAUGGGCUGGCACGGGGCACCGACUGGUCCGGAACAUGCCCACGCAUCCAGUGCCCACUGGACUCUUCACGCUAUAUACUAUCCGCCGCUGCUGCGAUCGGCCACAGUGCGCAAGUUCAUGGUGGGAUUUGAGCUGCUGGCCAUGGCGCAACGUGAUUUAACUCCCGAGCAGGCGGCCCAAAGGUUACGGGAAGUGGACGGAAAAUGCCAUUACCUGGAGAAGUGAUUUCGUUUAAGCUAACUUACAAAAUCACCGCCAGCUGUUAAGAUGUUGGGAAUUGGUAUACAAUUUAAUAAAACUGAUUAGUCAAAUA